AUGCGAGUCCGUAUCAGAGGCCCCUCUGGGAAAUCUACCACCGCGACACUCGAUGAUUCUGCGACAAUAGACACCUUGCGAAAGACAAUCGCAGCUGAAACGUCUUUGUCUGCCUUUGACGUCAAGUAUGGCUAUCCUCCGAAGCCUCUAGUGCUGGAUCAAUAUCCCUCGUCAAAGCCGCUUUCAGAGUUGGACAUCAAGCUGAACGGAGAACAGCUGAUUGUCAAUAAUGCUGAACAAUCGCCAGCCCGCAAGGAUGCUACUCCGCCACAUCAGCCGACCCUUAGCAGUGGCCUGCAGCAGGGCGCUCCUUCUCAUCAAGCUGGGCCAUCAAGGGACCACGGUGUUCCUGCUCAAACAUCAGCAAGCGCAUCUAAGCCGUCCCCGAAACUCCAGGAGCCUUCAUCAGCACCUCUGUCACUCACUCGAAAAGAAAACAAAGAGAUGUCGGAUCCACCAGAAAUCUUCCUUCCAGAUCUUGGAGGGAGCUUAGUUUUGCGAAUCAUGCCGGAUGAUAAUUCGUGUCUGUUCAGAGCGGUGGCCAGUGCUGUCAUGUCGGACAUGGACACAGUGACAGAACUGAGAUCUAUCAUCGCGCAAACAAUCCAAGCAAACCCCGACAAAUAUUCAAAGCCGAUCUUGGACAACAAAGAGCCCGACGUGUACUGCAGGUGGAUACAGAAUGAAGAUGCCUGGGGUGGGCAAAUAGAGCUGGAUAUCCUCAGUCGACAAUUUGAUAUUGAAAUCUGCAGCAUCGACGUUCAGACACUGCGAGUCGACAGGUACAAUGAAGGAGCUGCUCGGCGAUGCUUUGUUGUAUAUUCGGGCAUACAUUACGACACAAUCGCGCUGAGUCUACUUGGCAUGCCACCCGAGGCGGAUGUCAAGCAGUUUGAGCAACCAUUAUCUGACGAGGUCCUUCCACAAGCUGUGGCUUUAUGUCGGAAACUCCAAGAAAAACACUACUAUACGGACACUGCUGGUUUUACGUUGAAAUGCGGUGACUGCGGAGCAGUCUGUGUUGGCGAGGCUGGAGCUACACAGCACGCCCAGGCGACAGGCCACUACAAUUUUGGAGAAGCCGCCUAG